AAGUCGCAUCGUUUUGAGUUAAAAUGGAUUAUAGCACAACUGGGGUUAACGAAGUAGGAUCAUAUUUUCCGCAAUGUCCUUUAGAAAGUGUGGGUAUAAUGAAUUCAUUGGUUACUCUAUUGGUUCAGAGUAUAUAUGCCGCUCAAUGUAAUAUAUCAAGCAUCAACUAUUUUCCACCCGAUUAUGCGGAAACAGCUUUAGUAACUGGUUUGGAGGCCUAUGAUUUUGUAGUGGUGGGUGCUGGCUCUGCUGGUUCAGUAGUGGCUAGUCGUUUAAGUGAGAAUCCCAAUUGGAAUGUAUUGGUAUUAGAAGGAGGUGAUAAUCCGCCACAAGAAUCGGAGGUUCCCCCUUUCUUCUUUGGCAUACAAAAUUCCAAAUUCACUUACAGUUAUUUCACAGAGCCCAGUGAAAGGUCCUGUAAGGCUUAUAUAGACAACAGAUGUCAUUGGCCUCGUGGCAAACUUAUAGGAGGUUCUGGUGCCAUCAAUGGUAUGGUGUAUGUAAGAGGAAAUCGUUUCGAUUAUGAUCGUUGGCUGGAAGAAGGUAAUACCGGUUGGGGUUAUGAUGAUGUUUGGCCGUAUUUCGAGAAAUCUGUUAGGCCAGUGGGUAAUGAAACACAUCCUCAGGGUUAUGUUGCUUUCAAUGAAUUUCCCAGAUAUGAUGAAGAUAUAUUCUCUAUGGUGUUUGAGGCCUCCCAGGAAUUAGGCAUACCCAGAGUGGAGGACUAUAUAGAAGGUAGCUUUAUAGGUUAUAGCUAUCUCAAUGGUACUAUAGAAAAUGGUCUAAGAGUUAGUACGGGAAAAGGACAUUUGGGUCGUGUUGCGCAAAGACCAAAUUUAAAAGUUAUUAAAAAUGCUCAAGUCACCAAAUUGGAAUUCGAUGACAGCGGCAAUGCCAUCAAAUCUAUAGAAUUUAUAUUAAAACAACAACAUAAACUUAAAGUGGAGGUAAAACGUGAAGCUAUCAUAUCGGCUGGUACUAUAGACUCUGCCAAACUUUUAUUAUUAUCGGGAAUAGGUCCAGCACACAAACUGGAACCUUUAAAUAUUCCUGUGUUAAAAAAUCUACCCAUAGGUGAUAAUUUACAAGAUCAUGUUAUAAUACAAUUAUAUCUACGCAUUGCUGGCAAUCCUCCUGAACAGAAAAAGUUACUCGAUAACAUUUAUCAAUAUUUAAUACACAACAAAGGACCUUUUACAACUCAAGGCACCACUUCUAUAACGGGUUUUGUAAACACCGACUUAAACAGCAACUCUCCCUAUCCCGAUAUGCAAUUUCAUCAUUUCAUAACUAGAAGAGGUGAUAAUAUGGCUUUGAAUAUAAUUUUUAAUGGUUUUAAAAUAAAAGAAGAAUUUAGACCCACAUUUAGGGCUACAGUGGAAAAUUACGAUUUACUAACUAUGUUUGCUAUAUUAGCUCAUCCCAAAUCGGUGGGGGAUUUAACACUUAAAUCAUCAUCUUCUCAAGAACCGCCCAUUAUAAAUGCAAAUUAUUUUUCAGCUGAAGAAGAUAUUGAAGUUUUACUACGCGCCAUGGAGUAUGUAAUGAAAUUGGAGAGGACCCAGGCUUUCCAAGACAAACAGGCGGAAAUUAUUCAUAUACCUAUUGAGGAAUGCGAUCAAUUUGAAUUUAAAUCGCCACAAUAUUGGAGAUGUUAUUUUAAAUAUUUCUCUACUACAUGUUACCAUCCUACGGGUACCGUUAAAAUGGCUCCUUUGAACGAUAAUAGUGCAUGUGUGGAUCCUAGAUUAAAGGUUAAGGGUGUUGAGAAUUUACGUGUUGUUGAUGCCUCAGUAAUGCCGUAUGUAACCAGUGGUAAUACAAAUGCUCCUACUAUAAUGAUUGCGGAAAAGGCAUCGGAUAUGAUUAAGGAAGAUUGGUCCAGUGAAUAACUGAUAGUAGUUUUGUAUAUUUGUUAUCGGGUGAUGGAAAAUAAACUUUAUUAUAGAAUUAGUUAUUAAUUUGCAAAAUA